UGCACUGUGUAAGUGUGAUUUAUUUUUUUUUUUACUUUGCCUUUAUUUUAUUCUGCCUUUUCGGCCUUUACCUUGCCAUAAACUUGUAUUUGUUAGUAUUUUUCUAAGUUUGCAAAGUUAUUAUUGAAUUCAUUUGAUUUUAUUGAUUUUACUGUAUUGUAUUAUUUUAUUUCAGUUUUGCAUUGAAUUGUUUAACUGUAUUCCUUUUGUUCAUUGCUUUCAUACGUGUGCUUGCUGGGAUUUUUGGGGGUUGUUUUUUUCCAUUGUCUAUUUUUAUUGCAUUUUAGUUUUCUGUUCAUUUACUUGCAUUUGCUUGUUCUUUGGUAUUAUUCUUGUUCUUUUUCUUGUUCUUUGUUCUACUUCACUGUGCUUUAUUCUUCACUGUUCUUGAUUGGGUUGCUUAUUAGUUUGCUAGUGAUUUUGAUCUAUAAUCACUUUUCUGUUUUAUUGCUUUUCAUUGUAUUGCAUAUUUAUUUGCGGGUUGCUGUUUGGCUUUUGUUUUUUCAUUGAUCUUAUAUCUUGAAUUUGCUGUUACAGGGGUUAGGUUUUUCUUUUUAUUUGCCAGAUUUGCCUGCCAGAGUUCUAGAGGUUUCCAGGGGUUGUUUUUUUUUUUUUCUUUGUCUUGCAGGGAGUUCAAGGGGUUACUGACAGAUUUGUUUAUAUUCUGGUGUGUGUGCUUUUUUUUUUUCUUUUUCUAGUCCUCAUCUUUGCUUUUGUUGUCCCAGUUUUUCAUUGAUCCUUUUAUCUUGAAUUUGCUGUUCUGUAUUAGAUCUUGAAUCUGUAGUUGAAUUGGUUCUGUUUUAUUACAUUGAUUUGAUUUAGUUUGGUUAUAUUAGUGGUUUUGGUGUUCUUAUUGCUUUUCUCUUUUUUUUUUUAGUUUGCUAUUGCAGUUCACUUCUUCGUGCCAAAAAAAUUGUUCUUGCAUAUUCGUUUUUGAUUGUUAUUGGUAUUUUUUUUAUUUAUUGAUUGGCAUAGAAUAGUGACAGGUUCCAGGGGUUAGGUUCUCUUUCUUUCCCAGAUUUGCCUUCCAGAGGGUUCUGGUGGUUGGUUUUUUUCUUUUCUUUGUCUUGCAGGGAGUUCAAGGGGUUACUGUCAGAUUUGUUUAUAUUCUGGUGUGUGUGCUUUUUUUUUUUUUUUCUAGUCCUCAUCUUUGCUUUUGUUGUCCCAGUUUUUCAUUGAUCCUUUUAUCUUGAAUUUGCUGUUCUGUAUUAGAUCUUGAAUCUGUAGUUGAAUUGGUUCUGUUUUAUUACAUUGAUUUGAUUGAGUUUGGUUAUAUUAGUGGUUUUGGUGUUCUUAUUGCUUUUCUCUUUUUUUUUUUUAGUUUGCUAUUGCAGUUUACUUCUUCGUGCCAAAAAAAUUGUUCUUGCAUAUUCAUUUUUGAUUGUUACUGGUAUUUUUUUUAUUUAUUGAUUGGCAUAGAAUAGUGACAGGUUCCAGGGGUUAGGUUCUCAUUCUUUCCCAGAUUUGCCUUCCAGAGGGUUCUGGUGGUUGGUUCUUUUCUUUGUCUUGCAGGGAGUUCAAGGGGUUACUGUCAGAUUUGUUUAUAUUCUGGUGUGUGUGCUUUUUUUUUUUUUUUCUAGUCCUCAUCUUUGCUUUUGUUGUCCCAGUUUUUCAUUGAUCCUUUUAUCUUGAAUUUGCUGUUCUGUAUUAGAUCUUGAAUCUGUAGUUGAAUUGGUUCUGUUUUAUUACAUUGAUUUGAUUGAGUUUGGUUAUAUUAGUGGUUUUGGUGUUCUUAUUGCUUUUCUCUUUUUUUUUUUUAGUUUGCUAUUGCAGUUCACUUCUUCGUGCCAAAAAAAUUGUUCUUGCAUAUUCAUUUUUGAUUGUUACUGGUAUUUUUUUUAUUUAUUGAUUGGCAUAGAAUAGUGACAGGUUCCAGGGGUUAGGUUCUCAUUCUUUCCCAGAUUUGCCUUCCAGAGGGUUCUGGUGGUUGGUUCUUUUCUUUGUCUUGCAGGGAGUUCAAGGGGUUACUGUCAGAUUUGUUUAUAUUCUGGUGUGUGUGCUUUUUUUUUUUUUUUUUUCUAGUCCUCAUCUUUGCUUUUGUUGUCCCAGUUUUUCAUUGAUCCUUUUAUCUUGAAUUUGCUAUUCUGUAUUUAGUUCUUGAAUCUUGAAUUUCUGUUUUAUUACAUUGAUUUGAUUGAUUUGGUGUUUUAGUGGUUUCGGUGUUAUCGCUUUAAUUUUUUUAGUUUGCCAUUUCAGUUUACUUGUUCGUGCAAAUAAAAUUGUUCUUAAAAAUGGCCAGAAUGUUUUCCGCAGAAGAGGCUGCUGCAUACUGCAUGGCAUCCAGCUCAGAGGAGUUUAGCGACUCCGAUUCUGAGUAUGUGCCUCCUAGAUCAGAGAGUGACUCAUCUACUGAGGAGUCAUGGGAUAGUAGUGGCACGGUAAGUGCUCUGGAGGAGCCCAUGGAGGUAGAUGAGGAGGUUGUGCAGGAUGAGGAAGAGGGCAAUAGGGCUGAUGCUGCAGCUGGAGGAGAGCCUGCGUGGGGGCCUCCUGGUAAUUUCCCCCUUGCCAUUCCCCCAUUUACUGCAGUCUCUGGAGUUAAGGUGGACACUGGGAAUUUUCAACCGAUUGAUUUUUUUCAGUUGUUUUUGACAGAGGCCAUCCUACAGGAUAUGGUCCUCUAUACAAAUUUAUACGCUGAGCAAUACCUUGUCCAAAAUCCCCUGCCAAGGUAUGCUCAAGCUCGUGCGUGGCAUCCAACAGAUGUAAAUGAGUUGAAGAGGUUUUUGGGACUCACAUUGGCCAUGGGUCUCAUAAAAGCCAAUUCUUUGGAGUCAUAUUGGGACAGCACUACCGUGUUGUCCAUCCCCAUUUUUUCUGCCACAAUGCCAAGAAACCGGUAUCAGCUACUGCUCCGGUUUCUGCAUUUCAACAACAAUGCCACUGCUGUACCCCCCAAUGAGCCCGGACAUGACAGGCUGCACAAAUUGAGGCCCCUUAUAAAUAGCCUGUCCGAGCGCUUUAGAGAAGUGUAUGCCCCAUCCCAAAACAUUUGUAUAGACGAAUCGCUUCUCCUUUUCAAAGGGCGCAUAAAAUUCCGGCAGUAUAUCCCAAGCAAGCGUGCCCGCUAUGGGAUAAAAUUUUAUAAACUGUGCGAAAGCAGCUCUGGGUACACAAGUUUUUUUUUAAUUUAUGAAGGGAAAGACUCCAUAUUAGAUCCCCCUGGUUGUCCCCUUGACCUGACUGUCAGUGGCAAGAUUGUAUGGGAGCUCAUCUGUCCCCUUCUGGGCCAAGGUUACCACUUAUAUGUGGAUAACUUUUACUCGGGUAUCCCACUGUUUAGAGCCCUAUAUUCAUUGGAUACCCCAGCCUGUGGCACUAUAAAUCGUACCCGUAAAGGACUGCCCAGGGAUCUCCUCGAGAAAAAAUUGAACCGUGGAGAAAUUUAUGCCCUUAGAAAUGAUGAGCUCCUUGCCAUCAAAUAUUUUGACACAAGAAACGUUUUCAUGCUGACAACAAUCCACGAUGAGUCAGUAAUCACAGAACAUAGAGUUGGUAGGCCCCCUAAAAUCAAGCCUCGCUGUUGCAAGGAAUACAGCAAACAUAUGGGUGGUGUUGAUAGAACUGACCAACUCCAGCACUAUUAUAAUGCCACCCGCAAAACAACGGCCUGGUACAAAAAAGUUGGCAUCUACUUGAUCCAAAUGGCCCUCCGAAAUUCAUAUGUUGUAUAUCAGGCAGCAGUACCAGGCCCAAAAUUGACCUAUUAUAAAUACCAGCAGCAGAUACUCCCUGCCCUGUUGUUUUGUGGUACAGAGGAGGCCGGGCCAGAGAUGCCAGCUAUGCCAGCAAGUGACAAUGUAGCCAGGUUGAUAGGAAAGCAUUUCAUAGACACGCUUCCACCCACACCUGGUAAAAAGUUUGCCCAGAAAGCCUGCAAGGUGUGCCGCAAAAGGGGUAUCAGACGAGAUACACGGUACUAUUGCCCAAAGUGCCCUCGCAACCCCGGGUUAUGUUUCAAACCGUGUUUUGAAAUAUACCAUACUGAGCUGCACUACUAAUAAUGAUCUUGUAUGUUGGUGUGUAUUGAUUGGCGUUAUAUUAAGAAUUGGUGUCCCGCUUUGUGCAAAAUUUAUAUUCAGGGCAUUCAUAGCAUUUUAUGUUCUUAAUUUUGUAUUUUCUUUUACCUCAAAUGUCCCUAGGGCUAUAGAUCACACUGGGGGGUGUAGCCAAAUGAGGUGUUCAGUGAUGGACAAGGGCGCCCAAAAACUUGUGGUGUGUGAUGACUCCAUGAGAUCAUUUCAUCUCACCUGCUGAUGACUUUAUCUCUCUGAUGCCACAAAGACAUUUUUUUUUUACUGACACCACAUAAGCUCCCUCUGAGUGCAGUUGCUGAGUAUAUUGGUAUUUCGGAUUUUACUAGUAUAUUCGGUUUACCUGGAAUUUUGGUUAGUAUUGGUUUCUGCUUUUUUUUGUAAAGUGAUAUGCACUUCAUAACUUUCUUUGUUCAACUGCCAACCAAAACCCUGUUUUGCCCGUAGUUGGUAACAGUUUGCAUUUCAAAAGUUUAGGCUAAAUGCAAACUGUAGUUUUUCUCUUGAUUAUGGAUAGUAGCAGUACUGUACUAAAUGUAUAACUGAGAUUAUUUGAGAGCAACGGGCCACUUGAUUGCACUGAAAGCUGACCUUGAGUUUUCAGUUCAGAUUCUUUAUUUCUGGGUAAUAUAUAUUUUGUUCUUGUGUAGCCAUUCAUCUUUUUUGCAGAAUUGUGAUUGGCACACCACAUAUUGCCAUGCUGUGUCGGUUUACUGAAGAGUACAGAUCAAACAAAAGGGUCCAAACAUGCUCCACUAAACAGAUAAUGACCAAACCGUUAACCUUUACAAAGAACUAUCCACAAAUCUGCAUGUAGGAAAGCAAGAAUGUGGCCACUGAAUAUCUGCAAGUCUGCACUUUCAAGGAUUAUAUACUUUAUAGGGGUAUUUCACAGGUAAGGGGGUUAGUUUAGACUGCAAACCUGGAAGGUAUGCCCUUAGAGUGCAGCCCCAAAUGUAGCUAUUGCCCAUGCUUUAGAGUAUUUGGUGGCAGUGUCUGUAGGCACACCCCUACAUUUGUGCAGUGGCAUAACAAGUAUGUGCCAGGCCUGCCCGGCCCCGCAAGUAAAAUUUUCUGUGGACUUGGUAUGUGAUCCUGCCCACAACCCCAAGCGAACAGGAAGGGCUGCGGACAGAUGUGUGCAUCGGGCACUCUGAAACUUUUAUUAGUGGGGGGUCUGGUGCACGCUUCUGUCCACAACCCUCCCCAGUUCACAAGCUAUACCGGGCCUCCUUUUCCCCGGUCCCGCGACCAUGGGGAUUGCUUCCUCUAUUGGUUAUGCCACUGCAUGUGGGGUAUUGUUUUGUUCAGGAGAAGUUGCAGAUUGAUAUUUAGC